AUGAGGCCAUCAGUGGCAGCAGUCGACUGGGUGGAGGACGAGUGGUCCGCGGCGCCGUGCGAGUCGUCGCCGCCAGCCUCCACCGCUGCACCCGCCGCUUCGCCGCUUACCCUAACCGCUCCGCCCAAGCGUCUCAAUUCGCUCGCCUCCACGUUUCUUCCCGCCGCCAUCUUCGCGCGUCCUUCGCCCCCGGCCGUCUCGCGGCUCCUCGCCGAUGGGGCUGCGGCGGCUGGCGGCGACGGCGACGGCGAGGAGUGCGAGGGUGAGGGCGGGCCGUACGCGGCGUGGGAGGAUGACGGGGAGGGGGGGGACGACGAGGGUAACGACGGGCGUGCGGAGGCAGACGGGGCCGGGGAAGGCGGCGUGGGGUCGGCGCUGCUGGCGUGGGGUCGCAACCUCUUUCACCGCCCUCCGCCCGCGUCGCUCUCGCCGCCCUCCAAGCUUCUCCAGCCGCUCACUUCCCUCGAAGCGCGAGCCCCCUCCUCCUUCCGCCGGCAUGCCGCCACCAUCGGCAGCAGCGCCGGCAGCAGCGCGGACGGCGCCCGCUCUCUCGCCGGCAAGCUCUGGGGGGCGCUGGCUCCUCGCUCCACACACGCGCACCUGCUCAGUGACGUCAGCAGUGGUAGCGCCAACAUCAGCAGCGCGCCUCUUCAAAGUUCGGGAGGGGCAACGCGCGGAGCUCCGCGAAACGGCGCGCGCAGCUCGGGCAUGGCGGGCGAGUCGUUCGAGUCUGCGCGUUCUGCUCGCGAGCACGCUGCGGGCGCACCAGGGGGAACUAGGGGGAGGGGCAACUGGUCGGCGGGAGGGGGGACGCUGAGCGCUGUGGGCGCGCAGGGCAGCAGGGAGGGGUUGGGGGGGAUGGCGUGUGGUGGUGAGGGUGGUGGGGAUGGCGGACGCGCAGGGGCGGUGGGACGAGGCGGGGAUGGGCGUGGGGCGCAGGGGGGCGGGGGGCAGGGGUGGGCGCACAAGGUGUUGGAGGUGCUGCCUGUGCUGGCCGUGGUGACGCUCAUGGUCUUCGGUACCGUCGCCUACCUCACCGUUGUCGACGCCAUCCUGCCGCGCCUGCGCCCGGCCUUCUCCCUCGCGUGUCCGCUGCAGCAGGGCCACUGGGCGCUCUCCUCGCGCCGCCCGCUCUACCCGCCCUCCUGCCCCUUCCUCCGGGACGACUUCAACUGCGCCAAGUUCGGCCUAUCAGCGCGUGACACGUGGCGCUGGGAGCCGUCGCAGUGCCAGGUGGCGGAGUUCUCAGCGGGGGCGUGGCUGCGGGGCAUGGCGGGGCGGCGAGUGGCGUAUGUGGGCGACAGGGCCGUGGCCAACGCCUUUGACUCGCUGCUCUGCAUGCUCGCCCAGGCCGACUCCCCCACGCCCCUCUCCCCCGCCUCGCCCCACCGUGGCCUCUCCGCAACCAGUGACCCUUCCCUGCCUGUCACGGGCGAGAGGAGGGGGGGACUUGGUGGCAGCGGCGGGAGGAGUGACUCGCAGGCUGGUAGCGGGGAGAGCGUGAGGGCGGCUGCUGAUGGGCGUGUGUUCAUUGGCGCCCUCGACGCCCCCGGUGCUGCCCCAGGUUUCCCCCAUGCCACCUCGGGUGCUCCCCAUGCCGCCUCAGAUGGCCCCCCUGCUGCCCUGCAUGCGGCCCAUGCUGCCACUCCAAGCGCAGCACUGCACGCAGGGGCGAGGGGCAGAGGGGGCGCAGGCAGUGAGGUGAGGCGGGGCGGGGCGAGGCACAGCGAUGGAGGGUGGGGCUGGAACCCCAUCAGGUGGGGCGCGUGGACAAGGCAGGGCAGGGGGCAGCGCGUGGGAGCAGCUUAUGCUGCCGGCAGUACAGGCGAUGCCACGGGGGCCAGCAGCGCCACCAGCCACGGUGGCUCCUCGCCUGCUGCUGCAUCGCCGGUGUCGUCCGGCCUGUUUGACAUGCAGCCGCUGCACUACUGGUUUCCGCGUUUCAACUUCACUCUCGCACUGCUGCCCUCGCCCUUCCUUGUCCGGACGUCGCUGCACGCGCCAGUCAACGCCACUCUCUGCCAGCUGCAACGUGCCGCCGCCGCCACGCCACUCAACACCUCUUCCGCUCUCAACACCACCACCACCAACACCACCAGCACCACCAGCGGGGCACCUGCAAGUGAGGCGCCAGAUCAUGCAGCGGCCGCGCCACCAGCCGAGGCAAGCAGCGGCAAGGAUGAAGGGCCGGCAGGCGGCGAUGCGUGCUACCCGAACCGCAUGUAUGUGGACGAGCCCGACCCCGCGUGGGCGCAGCAGGCAGCACAGUUCGAUGUGCUGGUGCUGGCGUCGGGGCGCAGCUGGACGGAGGAGGCCGUGGAGACCAACGGGCUCAGCAUUGUGGCGGGCGGGGUGCGGCGCAGUGAGCUGAGUGUGGAGGGGCUGGUGGGGCAGUGGGCGUACCCGCUCGCCAUGGCGGCCGUGGCGUCGUGGCUGGGCAACGCGUCGCACUUCAACGGCACUGCUGUGUUUCGGUCGUUCAGCCCCACGCACCCGCGCAAGGAGUGCGCCGCCCGCACCUUCCUCCCCGAUGCUGAACAUGCAGCGGAUGUGAUGGAGGAGGCACGGCGCUACGAUGAUGCUGUGGCCCAUGCCAUCGCCAUGGCUCAGGACACCACCCACACCUCCACCACCACCAGCACUGCAGCAGGGGGGCCAGCACCAGGGGGAUGGGCAGCAGCUGGGCAUGAGGGUCCGCGGCUGCACUGGAUGAACGUGUCGCUGCUCACAGCACAGCGCGCUGAUGCCCACCCCUGGAUGGCAUCGCCUGGCCGCCCCACAGCGGACUGCACCAGCUGGUGCCUGCCUGGCGUGCCCGACACGUGGAACGAGCUGCUCGCUGCCACGCUGCUCAAACUCUUUGAGCGCCACUGA